CAUCUACACAACUUCAGGAUCGUUCUGCACCAAGAUGCCAGAGCGCCGCUGUGUACUGGUUGUUUGUCGCUCUAUCCGGAGCACCGGAGGCUCCUUCUGAUUGGCUGCACGGAGACGAACUCUUUCAGCCCACCCACCGCUGAUUAUAGGGACUCUUGCAGACUCUCUUUCCUUCCUUGCAUUGAGUCUGGGACCUGGCCCUGGGGCUGAACGGCACACACAGAGCGCGCAUCAUGGCAGCUACCCACAGCGAGUACAGAGGCUACCUGCGGAACACCGUCGACAUCGAGGCGGCGCAGCACCGCUUCCACCCGGCGCACAGCUCGGAGCCCACUUACCGGCCGCUCCUAUUCGGGACCCUCGCUGUUAUGGGAUUGCUUCAGGUGGCGUCCAGCGUGGCGAUCUUAUUACACCUGACGGGUUAUCUGCAAGAGGUAGAUUUGUCCACAGCCCCACAUCGGCCCAUAGAGGAAGUGCAGACGGAGCCCGUGCUGAACGCUCUGAGAGACACGAGGAAAACCGGUGACCGGAGACGGUGCAAAACUUCAAAAGAUAGUCUGCCGUCAGCUCAUCUACCAAUCGAAAGGCACCAGGCGUACUCUAAAAAGGGAAAACCAAACGCCAUCACCAUUGACUGGGACGAGGUGCACGGAUACAGCCACAAAAUGGGCUACCAGAAGGGCAAACUGCUGGUGAUGGAGUCAGGUUUCUACUAUAUUUACGCCAAGACCUGCUUCCGCUACUACAAGGACGGACCGGUGGACAGCAGUCAGACGGAGGUCCCGCAGGUGGACGUUAGCAACACCCAGCUCAUCCAGUACGUCUACCACGAGAGCAUCAAACAGAACAGCAAGUCUGUGAUGCUGAUGAAGACGGGCAGCACCAUGCGCUGGAACGACACCAGCUAUAACAUGUACUGCGCCCAGCAGGGCCGAGGAGUCCGGCUGGACGAGGGGGACGCCUUGUAUGUCAACGUGUCCAACGCUUGGAUGCUGGACCCGGACGGCGAAGGGACGUAUUUUGGGGCGAUAAAGUUGGGUAACUGAGAGUUAAACACGUGGGGAGCGGACAUGCUACUGAACAUUUGAUAUGCCAAAGAACCACUGUUAGUGAUUUAUGAUGUUGAUUUUUCAAAAGUGUGUUUUUUUUAUUGUUCAUGUGUCUUUUUACGUUGCUCUUCACCAAAUAGCCUUGGAGUCCUUUUUUUGCAAAAACUUAAGGAAUGGGUAGAAAUUGUCUUGCCGUCUCCUCAAAAACCAUGAGCCCCACAGCUCUCCAUCCAAACUAGCACUGGACUCUUUUUUUAGACUUUUCUUUGUGGUUGGUAUUGUGAAAUUUCAAUACAUUUCAGUUCAGAUUACAACAUUCAGACUUAAGCACAGACACGUGUUUAUGCACGAACUAAACAAACCAUAAGGGAGCAACUUAGGAAGCAAGUUUUUUGGCAAGGCGUGCAGCGAGAAAGGAUUUAUCAAUGUUGAUUGUUGGGCAAAAAAAAUAUCCAAAAAGAACAUUGCAUCUGAAAGAGCAUCUGCUUGUACUUAGCAGAUUAUCACAGAAUAAUAAUAAUGUCUCUGACCCGCAGCAGUGAAUGCACAAAUGUUUUCCUGAGAGGUUUUCUAAGUGUGAACAAAGCAGGCAAUGAGGCGUCCUCACAGUAAGUAACUCAACGGCGUGAUUGAAAAUAGACGCUUUGGCGGUGAGUUAUAUCACCCUCAAAAUCUCUAAGGCACCAUUUAAACUUAAAAUGCUAUGAAAGAUUUGCUUUGACAUUGUGUUUUUUUAAAGCAGCAGGAUCAACAUCACUUUCCUUGUGCUGUGUUCAGACGCCAUUCACGUUUUAAAGUCAUGUAAACCUUUGGACCCUGAGCAAAUUGGUUUGAUUCCUGUAGAAAAGAUAGGGAAAAGUAAAUGAGCAUAUAUAUAUAUAUAUAUGUAUAUAU